CUGCUCGCGCGCUGCCCUCUCUUCUCCCAGCCGCUGAUGUGUUCCCACCGUCAGCCUGUGAGUCUGCGAAAAUGUUUGGUUUCGGGUCGAAACUCCUGCUGCUUUUCCUGCUGGCCUUCCCCUGCGGAUUAAUAUCAGUCGGUCAAGUCUCUGCGCAGUCAGACUCAGCCGAGGACGCUGCUGACGACGCAGAUGCUGCAGUCGACGAGGAGGAAGAUGAAGACGAGAUGGUUGUCGAAGAAGAUCAGAUGCAAAACAUGGACGGAGGUGAAGACGACUCUGAUGAUUCGUCUGAAAAACUUGUAACUUCACACCCCGAUGCCGAUACUACCAUCAUCUUCACAACAGGCGAAGAGUUUCCAGCCAAUGAAAUUGUGAGGUUCCUUGUGGGUUUCACCAAUAAAGGAGGUCAGACUUUCACGGUUCAGUCGCUGGAGGCUUCUUUCCGUUAUCCACAAGAUUUCCAGUUCUACAUUCAGAACUUCACAGCGUUGCCCCUGAACACGGCCGUCCAGCCCCAGGCUCAGGCCUCCUUUGAGUACUCGUUCAUCCCAGCUCAGCCCAUGGCCGGCCGGCCUUUCGGUCUGGUCAUCCUCCUCAACUACAUGGAUCCUGAGGGCAACAUUUUCCAGUCGGCCAUUUACAACCAGACUGUCAUCAUAACGGAGCGAGAAGACGGACUGGAUGGAGAAACGAUGUUCAUGUACGUGUUCCUGGGUGGGCUGAUGGUCCUGCUACUCUUUGGGAUGUAUCAGGUUCUGGAGAACAGAACGAGGAAACGGCUCCCUGUGAAAAUAGAGAAGGGCACGACUGGCGUGAACGACGUCGACAUCAGCUGGAUUCCUCAGGAGACUCUCAACGCCAUGAAACCUUUGCCGAAAACAUCUUCGCCGAAAACAUCUCCGCGGAAGCGAACCAAAAGGGCAGCCGGGGUCGACCAGUAAGCCCGACUCGUCAUACUGGGCAAAAUCCACGUUCCCAUUCACUAAGGAUCUCAUCAGAGCGCGGCCAUUAAACACUAACAGGACAUUUAACUAAGUUUUAAAGCUGCAUUUUUGUAAAGUCACGGUUUAAGCAGUGAAAUGUGCAGACUGCCGUAUGGAUGCUGUGAGCUGAAUGUGGAGGUUUAAUCAGGAUCAGAUAAAUUGACUUGAAACCAGAAGUAUUGAAUUUGUAGACCAAGUUUCUGUCAGUCCGGCGCCUCUGUGCCUUAUUUGCACCCUAACUUUGCUGGUAAACACCAAUGUGUCCUCCUGGUUUUAAUACUGUGACAUGGGGACUUUUGUUUUUAGAUGUUUCUUUAAGAGAGUAAUAACGGCAGCUGCAUGUCCUAUGACGAUUUCUCCCAGCAUUUCCAUGGGUUUGUUUAUCUGUUCUUUUUAUUUUCUCCCCCUCGGAGAUGGACGCUCCUUCAGCCUUUCAGCCUCGUCACGCGGCGUCAUUGCAGCUCUCAGGUUGAUCAUUUUUAUAAAACCACCUUUUGAAAAGGAAAUAAAAGAACAAACAUGG